AUGGCUGAUAGAUUGACCCAACUUCAGGUUUGUUUGGAUCAGCUCAUAGAACAGUUUUCUGCCACUAUUCAUUAUGUUGAUCAGCAUCACGAUUCAGUCAACUUACCUGAGAAUGAUCCUAAGAUAGUAGAUCCCGAUUUGACACCAGACAGUGAAUUUGAUUUUAAAAACACCAUAAAUGAACUUUCAUCGGACAUUUUAUUGAAAACAAGACAAAUUCUGGCCAUAAUAGACUCUCUUCCUGGAGUGGGAGUUUCCAAGAAAGAGCAGAUGUCAAAGAUCCAGACCCUGUCAGAGGAAUUAUGGGCAAUGGAAACCCUGAAACAGGAAAAAAUCGUUCAAAAAGACGAUUUGUUAGAUUGGGUCAACAACCUGAUAAUGAAUUUGAGUGAGAGCAUAGCAAACUCUAGAGAUUAG